AUGACGACGGUGUUGCCCGGAGUCUCCGUGAUGCUGCCCGGAAAAAAGUAUGGACUGUCAUUCCUGCUCCAUAUCAUCACCAUCAUAAAUCAAGUUGUAACAGAUGAACCCCGAUUCACAGAACCGAUUCCGAAUGUCACGGUAGCAGUCGGGCGCGAUGCCAACUUACCCUGCGUCGUCGAGAAUUUAGGAGCUUAUAAGGUUGCCUGGAUCCACAUAGAUCGUCAAAUGAUCUUGACGAUCCAUCGUCACGUCAUUUCACGUCUACCACGUUUCAGCGUUUCUUACGACAAUGCCAACACCUGGUUAUUGCAUGUUAGCCAGGCGCAACAGGAGGACAGAGGAUAUUAUAUGUGCCAAGUCAAUACAAAUCCUAUGCUGAGUCAAGUUGGAUACUUGCAAGUAGUCGUACCUCCAAAUAUUUUGGAUGAAAACAGCACGCAGUCUGCGGUUGCAGUUCGAGAAAACCAGAACAUCACUCUAACUUGCAAGGCUGAUGGUUUUCCUGCUCCUAAAUUGAUGUGGAGACGAGAGGAUGGACAAGGAUUUACUGUGGAUCGACGCAAAAAAGUUUUGGUGCACGAUGGUGAGCAGUUGCAACUGAGUAGAAUAUCCAGGACCGAAAUGGGGGCGUAUCUCUGUAUAGCAACGAACGGGGUGCCGCCGUCUGUUAGUAAAAGGAUAAUAGUGCAUGUAGAAUUUCCCCCCAUGAUCUGGGUCCCUAACCAGUUGGUGGGUGCUCCUUCGGGGACCGAUGUCACCAUCGAUUGUCACACGGAGGCGCACCCAAGGGCCAUCAGCUACUGGGUCUAUAAUGGAAUGAUGGUACUGCCCAGCAAGAAGCACUUCACAGAGGCCAUGGAAAAUAGUUACAGGGCUCACAUGAAGUUGACGAUAAGGGACAUCCAAUCAGCCGAUUUCGGAAACUACAGAUGCAUAUCAAAAAAUUCUCUUGGAGAGACGGAGGGCUCAAUUAGAUUAUACGAAAUAGUUAUGCCGUCAUCUCCACCUAAGCCGACUGAUGCUAAAAUAUCCAAAGACGGUUCGAAACGUCUGAAUUCCAACAACAACCACAGAAUGUCACCAGGUGAAAAUUUAGCCCCAACCAGAGGCGUCCCUGCGCCCUCUUAUGCAGUUACCCAAACCGGUGGAGGGGCCUCCUCCGUAGGGCAUGGUUCCCUUAAUACCGACUUUCCGCUUGUCGAAAAUGGUGCAUCCUCAGAUUUUACGUUAAAAAGUAUUCAAAAAUGGUCUUCGAUGUAUACCCUGCUAGCGCCUGCUUUCCAUAUCAUCUUGAGUAAUUAUUUAUAUUAAUAAUAAAAAAUAAAAUUAAAAACAAAACACACAUAAACACAAAAA